AUGCGGACGAACGGAUUUUCCGCCGUAUCUUCUCCGUCUUUGAGUUUGAGUUCUCGGUCGUCAGAGACGAUUCAGAGGACGAAAACGACUCUGACCUUUAACACUAAGAGGCGAAGAAUGAUUUUGAGCGUUUCGGCGAGUUCAGGAGCUGGUAAGAAAGGCGAAUAUUACGUCGGACAAGGCAAGUGGAUUAAAGACCAAGACGGAUUAGAGGAGAGGAACAAAGGGUUGGUGAGCGAGACCGGGAGAGACGCCGUCGUCGGCGGGUUCGCCGGAGGCGAGAAAAGGUUGCAAGACUAUCGAAGUCAACUCAACGCGGCGAACGCGCAAGAGAAGGUGAAGGCAAAAAAGAAACCGAGGAAGGAGACGAAAGAGGUGGUGCUCGGAAAGGACUUUAACAGCGCCGCGGGCGGGAUUUUCUUCGGCGAGGUUGGUUUACAAUCGUGGAAAGAGACCGGGCGGAUUCCUACGAGGUCGAAAGAGGCAACGUUAGGUUGGGGACCACCAGUUUUGUUGCUGUUAGUGGCCGCGGCCGGGGUGACGUAUAAGACGACCGGGGCGUUGAGCGUAGACGCGUUGACGAAGACGGUCGAGUCGGUCGGGUCCGGGGUGACGAACAUCGACGUGAACGACGUCGUCGGGAAGGUUGGCGGCGCGGUCGGUGCGUUGGACGAAGGCGCGAGCGUGUUACCGCCGGAGGUGAGAAGUGUGGCCACACAAGCUGCGUUGGUCGGGUUUGGCGUGUUGGCGUUGUACGCGUUGAUUGGGAACGUUGUGAAAACGGCGAAGAAAACGGGCGGCGAUUUCGCGAAGAUUGCGCUGUUGGUCACGGUUACGUGGACGAUUGCAAAGCAGAUUUUGCAUUAA